AUGCUUAGACGCCUCUCAGCAACGCCAUGUCCGAAUGAUCCGAUAUGGCAACAGCCGAGACCUGGUUCGCAUGGGGACCAGACCGAGGACUUAACGGCCAAUGUGGACUUCACAACAGAAUUCAAAGCAUCGUUUCGGCACGUGAAGCCUCGUCGCCCGCCAAGACCACAGAAGGCGCCAAACAUCGGCUUUACGAUCCAUGAAGAUGUUGAGCUACGCCUCGAUGGUAGCCAGCCUGAUCGCGACGAUAAAGGAACAACCACAACGCGUCCGCCAGCGGAUGACAGAAAGGUCAUGGAGCCGAACCGCCGGGUGAGCUUUAGCUUGGACCAUCUUCGAGGCCAGCCAGCAAUUGAGCCACCUCAGACCUCAGGUCUCGCAAAAGCACCUCGCCGGCAAUCUAUCCGAAUGGAGCCCAAGACAGAUGUCCAAGUCGCGCCGAACGUCUCGACCAAAAUCGCAAAGCCGGCGCGUCGCGGAACAAUUUUCAUUCCCUCAGACGACACGACUAUGCCCACGAUGUUCAUGGAUAUCUUUUCGCCUUUGAAAGGCCAUGGCGCAGAGUCCUUUGUAGAGAAUGCCGGCGAUCCCAACCUGACAGGGCUCGCGCUGCAGAUGGCCCAAAAACGUGGGAGACGAUCGUCUGUCCUUGCAAUGAGCCCUAAGCGCGCUCCGUUGAACCUGUCACAACGCCCCCUGCAACCGGCGGCCAUCGUCACAGACCGACCUGGUCAUGGUCCAGGAAAGGAGAAUCGACCACCAGGUCACGAAAAAAAGGCACUGAAGAAGAUGAGACCAUCAAUGGCACCUACUAGGCCGCCGCGGGUCAGUCUACGAGACAACACUGGCUCCGGACCUCCACCUGCGCCACGAACAUCGCGGCUGUUCGAGCCGACCGCGAGCUCUGCAGCUCGUCUCACCCAAGUUAAGCGAAAACAGCCUGUUCCUAAGACCACCUGGAACUCGAAUUUCCUCUUGCCGAGACCGAAAUCAGAGAUUAGCACAAGCCCCGACUUUGGUCAAGGCCCCGAGGACCAAAUCUCGGAGAUGUCUGUCACCAAACGGCCACCGGUUCCUUCUCGCUUUGUCGUGCCAUCAGUGCAACAACCUGAGUGCCAGGGUUAUGCAUUCGUACCAGAAGGUGUAGCAGACACUUCUAUGUAUGAGGACAACUGGCUCGGACAACAGGAGAUAGCUAUAACUCAGCUUCUCAACAACUUGUUCAGCGCCGCAUCUCUAAGCAAGUCACACGAGCCCGCAGGUGAUCUAGAUCGCUUGCGAUUGCUAGAGAUGUAUGGCAGUAACGAGAUGUCUGUGCUCUACAAGCGCUUGCAGGCAUCUCUGGCGCAUGGCCCUCUCAGCCUAGGCGGAGAAGGUGCUUUGCGUGGUCAGCAGCUUAACAGCGAUCUUGCCAAGCGCAGAUCUUUUGUCGAAUUCUGGGUUCAUACCUAUACUCCGCAACUGCUGCGACUAGGUCUCGAAGUGGUCAUUGGUAGAGUCGUACCAUUACGGACAAGUGGGCCACUAAGUGGUGAUGUACAGAUCAGUGGACAGAACACCAGUUCCAACCCUGUGCAGCGUUUCAUCGAAAAGUUUCUGAUUCGUAAUGAGGACAUUCGGAAUGAGGACGAGCGAGGCGACCGCGACGUCACGCGACCUCUCAAGAACAUCGAUUACGUGGUCAGCCAUGAGCAGUACCCACUUCAGGAGUACGAGUACAAGGUCAAGAAUUUGGCGGUGGACAUUCGGGAUGGAGUUCGUCUCACGCGACUGAUCGAACUUCUCUUAUAUCGAGGUGCUUCACAGGCGCUCAACUAUGGUCGAGAUCUGGACGCGACAACAAAUAUCACGAUAAACUCUGGUCAGACGAUCUGUCUAGCCGAGGGAAACCAGGACUGGCCAAUUUCACAACACCUCAAGGUGCCUUGUGAUAGUCGUACGAUCAAGCUAUACAAUGUCGACUUAGCACUUGCUUCGCUGCGCGAAGUUAGAGGGAUCAGUGGGUACCUGAAAGAAGUGACUGCGGCCGACAUCGUCGAUGGAUUCCGGGAGAAGACUGUCCGUCUACUGUGGCUGUUGUGCAGCAAGUAUGGCCUUGGGAGCCUGGUCGACGAUAAUGAUCUCAAAUCGGAAAUCAAGCGCUUAGGACAAGCACAAGGCAAAGUCGGCAGUUCUUACCUCGCCAGCUUCGAGAUCGAAGAAGACGCCGACGACAACUUUCUCUACCUUAGGAGCAGUCUUCGUGCUUGGGUCAAAGCUGUCGCUGCGUCUCGAGGUUUGCGUGUGCGCAACUUCACCGAUUUCGCUGAUGGUCGGAUUUUCGAUGCCAUUGUCUCAGAGUACGAGGCCUACAUGCCUGGCGGUAUUGUCCCUGCAGUUUCUGGUGAGCUCUCCUAUCGCCUCAAACGAUUGGGUUGCAGCAAUGACUUCGCCAAUCUCUUCUCGUCUCGGACGUCGCGACAUGAACAGCAACAUGAGAUCUUUGACCGAGACUUUGUGCUAGCAUCGGUUGCUUUCUUGGCCUCGCGGCUUUUACGACCGACCAAGGCCACUCGGGCGGCUGUCACCUUGCAGCGAGCCUGGCGACGCAAGCUCGAACGCAUCGUAGCGAGCCGCAAGGUCGUUCUGCGAACACUGGCUGCAGAGUGCGCUCGGCACAAGCGUUUUCUCCAAGCAAAGAUGACUAUAUGGCGGACAUGGGGCAAAUACCGCGCAAGAACGGCUGAACGCUCGCGCGCGGCAACAUCUCGUUCAGCCGAGGAGGAUGUUUGGCUGUCUCUCUGA